AUGGGAUGUGUCUGUGUCCCAGAGCAACAUGAUGAGACAGGAAGGAAAGAAAGGGCAAUUUCUUAUCUGAGUCAGAAAUUCACUGAUUAUGAAACUAGGUAUUCCCCUCUUGAGAAGACGUGUCUGGCCUUAGUUUGGGCAACCAAAAGGUUGAGACAUUACAUGCUUGCUUAUCCAGUCAAACUACUCGCCAGGAUGGAUCUCUUGAAGUAUCUAUUUGAAAAACCUGCAUUGACUGGAAGGACUGCUAGGUGGCAAUUCAUUUUUUCGAAAUUGGAUAUCACCUAUGUUACCCAGAAGUCAAUCAAGGGACAAGCAGUGGCCGAUCACCUGGCUUCGCACCCAUUGCCGGAUUACGAGCCGCUCAGAACUGAUUUUCCCGAUGAAGAGAUCUUGUUUGCCACGGAAGAAGAAGGGCCUAUGUCUGAUGAAUGGACGAUCUAUUUGGAUGGCGCUAUGAAUGAAGACGGAAGCGGUGUAGGUGUUGUGCAACUAUCGCCAGAGAUGACCAGGAUCCCAUUGGCCUUCAAGUGGAGUUUCCCAUAUCGGCCAGGCUCUACUUCACCUGGACUCCUUGCCAGUCCAUCUGAUUCUGCCACUCCAAAUAUCACUGGUUCUGUCAUUACAUUGCCUCUGCCUAUUACUCAGGAUUCACAGGCCACCAUGGCACCACCUGCACCUGCAGGCGGCUACAGAUACAUCAGCUUCACUGGAACUCUGGCGGCUAGCAUUGUGCAUUGGAUCGAUGGAUAA